UGGAUAUUUCUACAAAAAUGCUGUACAUUUUUCAUGUUGAUACUGGUGCUACCCUCACUUUCGACAUCAAGCUCGCUCUGCAGAGUGUUGCGGAGUUGAAGGAGGCUAUUGAACGAGAAUGCGGAGUACUAGCUGUCCACCAAGUGCUCUUGAUGAGCGGUGGGGAAAGUUUGGAGCCUAAUGCACGUGUCUGUUCGUAUUCAGCAGGUACCGAUACCAAUCCCAUCUAUCUCUUCAGCAAAGCUGCCAUCGAGAGCCAAGUGCCACCUGUACCGCAUACUGAUUAUAGCACCGAUGUUGACCUGGUGGAGCAGAUCACAGGUUCCCUGUCGAUGCCAGCGACAUACAGCACUCUGGUAUCGAGGGCGCAGUUGGCUCAACAGUGCUGUGCCAUUGCCCGAGACCAGACAAGAACCUGUGAACGUCUGGUGCACGAUCAGCAUCUUCAGCAGCAGGGAUGGGCAGCAGUAGUUGCGAAUCUGGAGGACAUCACCCAGAUGUUCCAGUCGAAGGCAGAUCUUCUUCAGCAGAGUUUCACGCAAUAUUUGACAGAGCGAGAGCAGCACAUGCAGCUGUUGAACAAUUUCAAUGCAGAUCUGGGUACCCUCUCGAAAAUUCCAAUUCUCCCAGCACUUCGCGCCCAAGCGGAGGGUCUCCUGAGUCCCGAUGAGCAGCCCUCAGAGCCUGGUGACCAGCCAGACGAGGUGCUGAGUCUUCUGCGUUGGAUAUCAGCGAAGGACAAUCAGAGCAGUCUUGAGCAGGUGGCAGAGCAGUGCUCCAGGGGUCUCGAGCAGUUUGACGAGCGAAUGAUGGAGGCCCUGAAGAAUGAGACUGAUGCUGCAAUCGUGGGAUCCAAUCGACCUGAGAUGAAGGAGAUCAAGGGCCUGGGAGAGAGGCUCUUUGCCCUCGAGCAAUUGCUCUCCCAAGCGAGAAGACUUCUUCAGGAACAGGGAGAACUUGCCCAGGGUUUCCUGCAGAAUCAGACACGCGCGAAUAAUCUCGGUGAUCCCAGUGUUCUCCCUGAUUUGUGCGCCUCCCACAGGCGACAACUCAUGGUCAUGAUGGAAAAUCACUCGCAGCUCAGGGAUAUCAGGCGACGAUGCACUCGAGCUAAAGAGGAAUUGUCUGUUAAUAUCUAUCACAGGCUCAAGUGGAUCACCUAUGUUGAGAACAAGAUGAUGGAGGUUGAUGGUAAACUCGUUAUGUACCAUGAGAAUCUCAAACGUCUCAGGCGUCAUCUUGAGGUACUCCAGCAGAUCCAUAUGGCACCGAAUAUGUAUGUCACUGCUGUUGCCGAAGUUGUCAGGAGGCGAACGUUCUCUCAGGCUUUUCUCAUCUGGGCCAGCAAUUUGGCUUGUCAGUUACUCACUAUUCACAGUGAGGAGAUAACCAGGCGGAGGGAGUUUCAGAAUAAAUUCGAGGGACAUUUCCUGAAUACUCUGUUCCCUGGCCUCGAGGACACACCUCCACCAUUCGCUACUCAGGCUCCUACUGUUUUUGAUAGUGAACUUCCUAAACUGACUGCUGAAGAUAUGAACUCUCUCAAGAUCCAGCUACCUGAUCUCACUGACUCGGUGUCCACACCUGACCUUAAUAGUAUUACUCAGUUCUUCCUGUCGAAGAGCUUCAGCGAGGGCAGUGGAGAGGGUAGCAAGGACAAGGGGCACAGCACAUCGAUGCCCAUGGACAUGGCCACGAAGGAUCAGGGCGAGAGGCCAAUGACCACUGACAGAGUGGGUUUCGAGUCGGAGACAGACACUGAGGAGUUCGAGAAAAUAGUCCGGGGUAAUGACGGCAAGACCACCUGCUACGAGACCGAGGAAAAACAGAUGAAACAAUUGGAGGAGAACCUGGGGAACACUCGAGCUGAGGUGGAGCGGCUGCGAACGAUUCUGCGAACAGUGAAGACAGCGAUGGGCGAGGCAAUGAUAGCCUUUCGGGACGAGUUGACAGUUCUUCGGGAGAAGGUGAACGAUGACAAGUGCGGGAUUCAUGAGGUGACCGAACGUAUUGGUCAGGCACUGACAGUUCACUCCCAGGAGUGUGAGAGAGCAUUACGAGAACGAGAACAAGAAUUAACCGUUGACCACGAGCUGGAGCUGACGGAUGCCAAGAAACUGCUAGAAACACGAGACGAGGAGAUUAUGAACCUGAAACGUUCCAUAAUGGAUAAAGAAACUGAGUUGGUUGAGCACGAACGUUUGAUCGCCACCAUGAGACAGAAGCUGGAGGCUGAACAAGAGGAAAUGAGAGAUAUCCAGUUGAGGUUCCAGGAACAGCUCGAGGAGGCACUCGAGCAGGCGAGGAUCGAUAAGAAUUCGAUCGAGCAGAGUAAUGAGGCACGUCUCGUGGAAAUUUCAUCACUGACAAAUGCUCUGGAGCAGUGCAGACAGAAUGUCAAAGAACUAGAGGAGAAUUUGGCAACGGCCAGAUCUGAUCAGCAGAAAAUUGUCAAGGAGACCACCGAUAAGCUCCUGCUCGAGUACAAAACUGAGCUCGAGACCAUCAGGAGUCGAUUCAAACUCAUGGCUGCAUCGAGUGUGAUGGAGAGGAGCCCCAGUGACUCUAGCCUCGAAAAGAUUGAGAGACCUGAUGUCAUCGAGAUUGUCAAUCACGAGGCAAUUCUUGCACAGACGAAGGAGGAUCUCAAGGCUGAGAAGGCUGAUGCUGUCAGGAAGGCCAUUGAGAAGGAGUCGGCGGACUUCGAGGCGAAACUGCAAUUUGGUCUCAGGAUGGUUGAGAAACAGCUCGAGGAAGAGGCUGAGGCUCACAGGCUUAGGGAGACUGCACUCGUCGAUGAGUGCCAGAAGUACCAGGAGAUCAUCAGAAGACUUACUGAGGAUGACUGCAGAGUCAGGCAGAGUCUCACUGAGAAGCUGGAAAAGUUGGAGGAGGAAAAGCGUCGUCUGGAGAAGAAAAUGGUGACGGAGAGGAAGAUAAUGAAGCACCGCGAGUCUCAGGUGCAGGAGCUGCAGGCGGAGAGGAACGAGCUUCGCCACGAGUUGGCGGAGGAACGUUUGAAAAUAUCGCAGAGUGCUUCAGGGAUGGUGAACGAUGCGUUUAAAGAGCUCAUGUCAACCAGCAAAGACGAUAUCGAAGUUUCGGAGUCGAAGAAAGUACGACUCGAGGCAAACACUGCCGAGUGUCUCAAAAGACGUCUGGAGUGUCUCGAGAUCGACAACAAAAGAUUAGCUGCUGCUCUGCAGGCCAUUCAGGAGUCGAAGGAGUUGCUGGAGGCCAAGGUAGAGGUUCUUGAGGUCGAUAAGAUGCGACUGGAGGUUGAACUCGUGAAGGAGAGGUCUACGAGGGACUUUGGAGGUGAAAUAUCUACGUCCAUGGACGCACGUGACAAAGAGAUGAACGCAUCAGUUGCUGUUGUCUCUGAGGCUGGGAGUGGUGAGACUGGAUCAUCUGAAAACAAACCUGAUGCUACCUUUAGAUAUAGAAAGAAGCUCAUCAAAAGUACCACCAACCUGUUUCAACAGUCCUGCAUCAGUCUCAAUCGUUGCAACCCUGGGGACUCGGUUAUUGUACUGUGGGACACUGCACACAGUAAUUAUAUUAUUCUGCAGGAGUCUAGAACCAUGUAUUUCCUCCAUUCGGAGUGCAUUGACACUUUGAAAUUGAGAAGACAGUCUGAUGGACUGCCUAAGCAGAUUUAUGUGCUUGGAGAGGUCAUUGAUAAACAGUAUUGCCACGCCAAAAAGUCCGAAAAUCGUUACCACGUUCCCCAAGGCACCAAAUUCUACCGAGUGCGUGUGAUGCCAGCCCAGAGGGAAUUGGACCUGACGACCUCAUCCUCAGAUUAGACCCAGGAGUGAGUUAAACCAUUCAAGUCAACAAAAAAUCCCUACUCCAUAUUUGAAAUCGUUCUCCAAAAUCACAAUAACGAGAAAAAUGAUAAAACGAGAUAAAAACGAAAACGUUGUGAUUGGGAGCUCGUGUCGUGUAGUCCUCAAAAAGUCCUCAUUGUAGUUAUAAAAGUCUACACGAUUCAUCCGUGAAUGAAUUCUGGAAGAAUUCCAGAAAAAGUCACGAAAUCCCUCGUGGAAAUUAUCACCUGGAGGUACGAGUCUCCGAUUUCAUUGAAUGAGCAGAGGGAUGUGGUGGUGUUUUAUUGUGAUAUAGUUGGCGUGUUGGAUAGUUAAAAACUGCAUGAUUAAUUUUUAAUUGAAAAACAAAAUUGAGUACUUGAAUUUUCGUUGGCAGUAUGAAUUUCAACACAAAAAUGUGAAAUUUAGCUUUAAGUUUUACAAGCAAUUGAUGAUUAAGAAUUUUGAUGAGAGGAAAAAAAAACGAAGAGAAGAAAAAUAAUGAUUUCAUACGUGAGUUGAACUAGAUAUAUUACUAUGGCAUACAUAAUACACGUAUAUUAUCCUACGGUUGUAUAAUAUCCAAGUAUGAACACUUAGCGUAGAUCUCACUGGUAAAAUGGAAAAAUUUUUAAAAAAAGUAAUCAACACCAACGUUUUUGAGACAUGGAAUCAUGCAUCACCUCUAAUAGUUGUAAAAGAAUAUACAGAAACAAUCAUAUAAAUCGUUCUAAGGACCAUUUGAAUAUAGUAACACAGAUAGAGUUUUUUUCGUGGAAAAACAAAUCGUAAUGAAAUAGCUGUGAUCGUUAGACCUUUAACAACCUUUUUCACCCUUCUAUCGUAGUUUUUAAAUUUGAAAAGUGGGGAUGAGGGUGACACCCAGAAAAAUUAUUUACUCUAUUAUUUGUUCGAGUAAAUCAUACCUUCACAGGAAAUACACGAUAAAGUGAUAAAAUGUUAAUAAAUGACGAAAGAUUAAUAGGAUAAUAUUCUUCACCAAGAAAUCGUAUUUGGGAUGAAAAAAAAGGAAAUCACUGGGAUAUCGUUUGAGAGAAAUGAAAACUCUCAGCGAAAUCCUCCGAUUUAAUGAGUAAAUAAUUAUUCUGGGCGCACUGUGAGAGUUUUUACGUUAGAAGUACCGAAUAUGGGGAAGGAGAUGCUUUUCAGGGGUCUCUAGCUUCUCGUAACCUCUGACAAGGACUACGAAACGUUUUAAUCAGUCGAGGCGAGUGAUAACUAGCACCUGGCACGUAAUAUCCUCUCGCACUCAGUAAAAAUAUCCUCAUUUGUCUUGCAGCAGAUUAGUCAGUUCCCAUUGUCCUUGGAUAUUAGAUUAUUGUUUUUCUAGAAUUAGAACGACGAGAAAAAGGGAAAAAAAGUCGAGAGAAUGAGAGUCACAAAUUAAAAUCCUCAGUGCUUAGCAGUUUCAGUUUUCUUAUUAGUUUUUUUGUUUUAAUGGAUCGACAUGAUGAGGGAAUUCUUCCGCGCAUAAUUAAUCAAAGUUUAUAAAUUUUUUAUACAAAAUCAUGGGGAUGAAGUUCCCGAAGUCAUUCGGUGCAUUAAAGGGCGCCUCUCGGGAUGACCUGAUGUGUGAUACAGGGAAUUCCUGGUGGGAGCUGUUCACUUUUGGUACCUGAUGUUAAUUACGUUACCCAUCGAAAAUUCAAUGAUUGGGAAUUUUUCUUUCUUUUUUUUUUUGGUUCGUUCGCUAUUUAUUUUAUUUUCUGUCCACCCAAGUGUGAGGGCUUUCGCAUUCGGAAUAUCAAACAAAACGUGCCUCAAGAGUGUUUAUUAUAACCGUGAUAUCACAAAGUAGAUGAAAAUAUUGAAAGUCUCGCAUAGAGUUAUUCCUCCGAUAGAUUAAUUUAAUACUUUCCGAAUAUCUCACGCUUUCAGUAGUAACACGUGGGUGACAUUGCUUCAUCAUUAUAUACUUCUCAUUUCUCAGCCAAAAACAAAAUAAUAAGAGUGUAACGAAAAAAUGAUCUUAAAUUAUAGGUAGAAUUAUUUUUUUUAGAUUAGAGUAUCGAACUUAAUCGGGGCCUGCGCCCUGAAGAACGAAUUAUUUGAAUAAAAUCGAUGAUUUAAGUUGAAAUUUUUGCAAUAGCAGUGAUUUUUAGUUAAUGAUUAUUAUUUUUUUCACUCGGAGAAUUGAAGGAGAUUUUUUAAUUCGAAUGAUGGCUAUCGCGUUUUCUUUUCAUUGUUUUGGUUUAGUUGAUUGAUUUUUAUUGAAUGGAAUAUUUGAUUCGGAUGAAUCAUUUCUCUGGCGGUAUUUGCGUUAUUUUUCAUCUAGAGAGUAGAUUUAGUCUCAUUAUAUUUUCCCAUGCUGAUAAUUUUUGUAUCAUACGCAAUUCUCAUUUUCGACGUUAAGAAUAUGAUUAUUGAAGUGUAUUUAAUAUUGAAUUGAGCGAUUGAAUUUACGUUUAAAUCGAAUAAUCAGCGGUGGAAUAGUCCUCGCACGAGAGCUUAGUGAUUUGUCAUCUGGAAACAUAACGAACGUAAGAGUGAUUGAGAGCUGUGGUUAAUUAUAUUAAGGAACGCUAUCGAAAUAAAAUUUGAUAUUUGUAUGGAAAGACGAUUUGUACGUGUCGAUUUAAUUCUUCCAAAUUUUACGAGACGAUCCAUCCACGAUUCGUCUCGUUUCUUCAACUGGAGACUCGGAGAAAAAGCUACAUUUCAGACAAUUUACUUGAUCAAAGAAAGAAAAGGACAAUUUUCAGUGAAGAAUCAAUCAACAAUUCAUUUUUCUAUCAAUUCAAUUAUCUAUUAUUGUGCACAAAAAACUUUUAAUGUGAGAAAUCAGAGGACUUGAAUAAUUGGCAGAAGAAUAUUCGUUUGUAUCAAGUGAAUUUUCUCAGUAAAGAGUAAUUUUUUCUCUCAGUACAGUGUGUGGAUAUUUCUGGGUUAAGUAUCAAUGGGGAAAUCGUAAUUUUAUGUACGUACAUGCAGACUCCCCAGUGCACGUUCGUACGUACUGUUGCGAGGAAUUAUUGUAAUGGAAAUGAGAAAAAGAGAACAAUGUCAACGUGAUAGUAUCUGUUACGCAAUAAACGAACGAAAUAAUCGUCGAUAUGAAUAAAAGCCAUUUGACUUUUUAACCGA